AUGACCAACUGUGAUUCCCAAGGACCCAGGAUGAAGCCCCUCCCACCUCCUGACAGGGCUCUGCUCAGGGCAUCUGGGCAGCCUGGCAGGAAGCGGUGCUGGGAAGGCAGAAAAACAGGUGUCAGCUGUCAGAGCAGCAGGGGUGGUGGGGAGGGCAAAGGGGCAGGGGCUUCUGCUGUGGCUAGCAUCCACUCCAGAAAGGAGCCUUGUGGGCGGAGCUGGGCAGGAUGUUUGAAACCCUCGCGCUCAGUUAGCAGCUCACUGAUUCCCAGCCCCAGGGGCCAUCUGGGAGAGUGGGGAAGCCAGGGGAGACAAGGCCCCCGAGCUGGUGAUCCCUGCCUGAAGAGAACCUCCUUCUUCUCAGCUGGAGAUUUCAGCGGCUUAAGGCACCUUUCCUACCUAGAUUUCCGUGGCUCCCUGGUGGUCCAGAUGACUCCGCCCAACUGCAGCACCACAAGGGGUGACCUCUUCCAGACGGUCACCAUGGUGUACUUGUCCAUCAUCCUGAUCCUAGGGACUGUCCUCAAUGCCCUGGCCCUGUGGGUGUUCUGCUGCCGGAUGAGGAGGUGGACAGAGACCCGGGUGUACAUGGCCAACCUGGCCGGGGCUGACUGCUGCCUGCUGCUGAGUCUGCCCAUGGUCCUGUACACAAUGGGCAAAGAGCCGUCCGAAGGCUUCCUGUGUACGGUCUCCCAGAGCAUUUACCUGAUCAACAAUUACAUGAGCAUCUGCAUCACCACCGCCAUUUCUGUGGACCGGUUUGUGGCCAUCCAGUACCCUCUGCGGGCCAGGGUGUGGCGCUGCCCGCGUCAGGCAGCUGGGACCUGUGCCCUUCUCUGGAUGUUGGUCAUAUGCUUGGUCUCUUUAACUGCUUGGAAGCAAAAUGGCCAGAACUUUUGCUUUGGCAAGAGUAAGACGCGAGGCUUCUGGGCCAUCGUUUUCUCCUUGGCCCUCUUCUUCAUCCCUCUCAUGAUCCUUGUUUUCUGUUCCAUGUGGGUGCUCCAGAAACUGAUGAGGAAAAAGGCCCAGGCCCCGGCCCAGGACAGGAGGCUGAUCCACAAAGCAGUCUGCGUGGUCUCGGCUAACCUGGUCAUCUUCCUAGUCUGUUUCCUGCCCCAGCAUGCGGCUCUGCUGGCCAAGCUCAUAACUGACUAUGCGGGGGCCUCCUGCCCUGUGGUCCAGCGCGUGAUCAUUUCCGUCAGGGUGGCCUCCCGCCUUGCCAAUGCCAACUGCUGCUUGGAUGCCCUGGGCUAUUAUUUUGUGACCCAGGAGUUCCAGGAAGAAGUGGGAGUGGUUUUAGGUCUGCCCAAGAUCUUCCAGAAUCAGACUCAAGGCAGCCCCGGAGCUGACCAGCCAAGCCUCCUUGGGGGAAGAAAAGCAGAGAAGGCAUUAGAGAGUUCCAAAGCAUUGUGUUCCUAUUAAGGACACCUGUGGGGGAUCUUGGCACACAAGACAAUCCUCUGAAUUUGAUGAGCCCAGCCCCGUGAUCCCUGGCUCUCUCCCUCAGCGGGGUCUUCUGGGCCAGUGGUGAUAACUCAGAGAUUUGGCCAGGAUAUGAGGGGUAGAGGGCCCACACCCCCUACGUGCAUAAUUCCUUCUGGGGAGCCCCACUUGCAUCUGGGACUCAUCUGGGUUCCUUCCAUUUCUUUCUGAACUAGCUUGCUUAUUCUAGUGGGGAGUGAAUCUGGUCAUCCUUUUUGGAGUAUCUCACGCCCGGUGGAAAGGUACGGCCAUGAAAGCAGGAGAAACCUGGCUUUUGCCCCAUAAACUUCCUAGUUAUGAUAUUGGGCACACAUUCCCCCUUGAGGACAUAUCUUCUUCAUCAGGAAAAUAGCAGUGUUGGAUUUAAGAGUGUCCCUCCCCGUUCAGACGCUCCAGGAUUCUGGGAUUGAGUGCUCUGCUCUCUCCCAGCUGUUUUUAAGUAUAGUUUGGAGAGGCUAAUGUUUAAUACAGGAAACAGGGCAGCGAGCCACCAUGGACAGAGCCGGAGUUUAGGCUGUCCUUCCUAUCUGUGUGACAUCCAGCAAAUCAUUGGACUUCUCUGGGACUAGGUUUCCUGAUCUGAGGGGCUGGACUAAAUGAUCCUAUAUCUAUUAUUCUUUGAAGGUUUGAUGAGGAAGGGGGGGUGGUGUAAUGAGUCUUUAUGGGUAGAGCAAGAGUCUUGAAGAGGGGAACUAAGGGAGAGGAAACAUGCCCUCCUCUUCUUCUCAGAAUUACUGUGAAUUGGGAAGAUUAUUUAAUUGAACUGACCAAGGGAUUGGGACUUAAUGUAAUAAUGUAAUGUAAUUAAUGUAACCAAAACUGAGAUUUCUGGGGCAGCUGGGUGGUGCAGGGGCUAGAGCCCCAGCCCUGAAGUCAGGAGGAC